GUACACCCACGCCCCGCCCGGCCGGGCCUCUCCUCCUCCUCCAGCAGCCGCAACAGCUUGGCGGCGCGUGGCCGCCGGAACGGCGCCCCGCACCACAGGCGGCCCCGCCGCGCGGCGCGCGCGCCCCGCCGCCUGCUCGUGGUGCUGGCGGCGGCGGCGGCCGAAGGCGACUGGGCGCUGGACGGGCCCGAGCCGCGCUGGGAGGCCCCCGAGGAGGACUGGGUGCUGGGGCAGCUCGCUCCCCUCGCGCAGCACGCGCUGCUCGACGCCACCGUCUUCUUCCAAGGCUCGGCGCUGCGCCUGCGCGACCUGGAGGGGGCGUGGCCGUCGCUGCGCGAGGAGGCGGACGGCGCGCUGCUGAGCGCCCUGGCGCGCGGGGCGGCGGCGAUGGGCGCCGCGCCGCCCGCCCCGGGCGACGCCCACGCCUUCGUGCCGCGCACGCUCGAGCACGCGGCCGAGCUCGACCCGGCCGUGCUGUGGAGGCUCGACCCCGCGCACGACCACGUCGCCCUCAGCGGCGCCUCGCGGAGGCUGCUGAGCCAGCUCAAGGCCGGAGCGCCCCUUGCGGACGACGACGACGACGACUCCUCGGACGAGGACUGGGAGGACGGAGUCGACCCCAACGCGCUGUUUAAGGAGAAUGACAGGUGGACGGUGCUGUCGCGCUGGGGCGAGGGCGAGGCCGAGGAGGGCGACGAGCCGCUGUUCCGCGUGGCGACUGGUGGCACAUAUGCGUUCCGAUUUGGUGCACAUGGCCCGUUCAGAUUGGUGCCAGUGCGUUCAGGACUGGUGCACAUGCGUUAG